AUGGGGAAAUUAUUGGGGAGUCUCCACGACUUCCUCGUUCUUCUCGGAGAGGCGAAGAUUCGGGAACUGAUACUGCAUGCCGACGAAUUCAUCUGCAGCGCUUGUGCCUCAGCCGCUACAACGCUAUCUGAUUCUCGGUCGGAAAUGCUGGAGAUCUCAGAUCCGGACCUCGGUGAUGGAGGUUUGGACGGUAACGGCUUUUCGGAGCUUUCUCAGGACGACAGCGCUCCCGAUUCGGCAUUGCUCGCAGCCUUCCAGGAAAAAGUACACCAGGCCGCGAUAGCUUGCAGUCAAGCGAAUUUCGACACCGCGGUGCGACUCUACACAGCUGCGCUCCAAAUAGAUCCUCGCAAUCAUGUCCUGUACAGCAACCGAUCAGCCGCCCACAUCAAAAUGGGCUCUUUCCAUGCGGCUCUGGCCGACGCCGUCCGCGCUAGGGAGCUGAGUGCGACAUGGCCUAAAGCGUACUACAGGGAAGGAAUAGCGCUCCAACAUCUCGGUCGUCAUUCUGAAGCUCUGGCAGCUUUCGCAUCGGGUUUGAGUCAGGAUCCCAAGUCCGAGCAGAUGUUGGACGGCCUUAUAGAAGCGGCGCUGAGCUCUCCGUUGAAGACUACAUUCGAGCCCAUGUAUCGUCAGCUGCAAGCGAUGCGAAUGGACCGUCAGGCGUUUGUGAUAACCUCUGUGAUAGGCCAAGAACUUCUUGACGCUCAAGAAUUCGCUCCGGGCGCCAUCGUCUUGGAAGCGGCGUUACUCGUCGGCUCCACGGCGUCGCUGAAAUUGAGGGGAUCCGUCCUCUCGGCUCUCAGCUCUGCGUAUUGGGCUCUGAACGACGUCGAUAAAGCCAUUUCCUACAUGCAGCAGGAUCUCACGGUGGCGAAGGCUCUCAACGACAUCCCUGGAGAAUGCAGAGCGCAUCAUAACCUGGGAUCGGCGUUUUUUUCCAAAGGCUUCCUCAACGAAGCCCUCCAAAGCCAUAAAAAUCAACUAGUCCUCUCGAUGCGGGUUAAAGAUACAGUUUCCGCCGCUCAAGCUCUCACCAGUCUCGGACACGUGUACACGGCCCUCGGAGAUCUCGGUAUGGCGUUGGCGAGUCACCAGCAGUGCGUACAGCUCAUUCGGGAAAACGGUGAUCGUCUCGAAGAAGCUCGCGAGACGGGGAACGUCGGCGCCGUCUAUCUGGCGAUGGGCGACUUCGACAACGCGGUUCAGUGUCAUUUCACGCACGUGGCAAUCGCAAAGAGCAUCGGCAACCAGACGGAGGAAGCGAAGGCCUACUCGAACUUGGGAUCCGCGCAUCAUUUCCGGAGGCAGUACAACCGCGCAAUAGAAUUCUAUGAGGAAGUUCUGCGUCUUUCCGUCGAAAUCGAAGAUCGAGCGUUGGAAGCUCGAGCGUACGCUGGUCUGGGACAUGCCGCUCGUGCGUUGCACGAUUCGGUGAAUGCUCGACGCUGGUACGAGAAACAACUCGACCUCGCGUUGGCGAGCAAGGACAGGGUAGCAGAAGCACGGUCUCUGUCGAAUCUCGGGACCGCUUUCCACAUGGCCGGCGAGUACGGCGCGGCUCUCAAGCUCCACCAACAACAUUUGCGGCUCGCUAGAAGUCUGGGCGAUGUCCCAGCCAUGGGGAAAGCUCUCGGGAACAUAGGGAAAGCAUUAGUCGGACAACGAUGCCAUAAGCAGGCCAUAAAGUAUCAUAUCGAAGAAUUGCGACUCAUGCAGGAACUCGGUGACCGAAGUCUCGAAUCGACGACUCACGGACAUCUAGCCGGGGCUUAUCAAGCGCUCGGAAUGCAUGAGCAGGCAUUAUCGCAUCAUCACGCACAGCUGAACAUCGCUCGCGAACUCAACGACGCUCCCGGCGAAGCUUGUGCUUUGUGCAACCUCGGGAACUGUUACAGCUCAAAAGGAGAGUUCGCAAGAGCGAUCCCCUACUACGAAAACUUCCUCCGGCUAUCCCAAGAACUCGGUCUGACCACUAACGAAACGAGAGCCUGUCAUUUCCUGGGGUACGCUCAUUUCUGUCUGGGAAACCAUUCUGAGGCCAUAAUCCACUACGAACGAGCUCUCUGUUUGAGCUCCGAAGACUCGAUCGACUCGACAACACCGAAUUCUUCACCGGACACCACGGUGACCACGGUCGAUUCCGGCAGCGAGCACAGGCCGGGCAGCUCGAAGAGCUUCAGGUUGCUCAGUGAGAAACAGGAUCUUAGUCGAGCCUACUGUAACCUGGGCCUCGCCCGAGCGGCAGUUGGGGACUUCAAGCUUGCCUUGGAGUGCCAACGGAGAUUCCUAACCAUAGCUCAAGCGACGCGUGACGUACAGGGUAAAUUCCGCGCUCUGGGGAAUAUCGGAGACGUUUUCAUGCGGAUGGGCAACGGCCAAGAAGCGAUCAAGGCCUAUCACCAACAGCUGAUAUUGUGUCGCGAGGAUCCGAGUCACAAAGAUCUGGAAGCCAGCUCCUAUUCCUCACUUGGGAACUGUCACCGGGAGAUGAAGAUUUUCGACAAGGCGCUCGUGUACCACGCCCAAGAACUGCAAAUUCACAAGGAACUGGGGAACCUACAGGGAGAAUGUCGAGCUCAAGCCAGUUUGGGUCAGACCCACACGAUACUUGGGAACUUCGCCGAAGCCCUGCGAUGCUUCCAGGCUCAGCUCGAGAAAGCGAGAGAGCUCCGCAGUUCUUCGCUGGAGUCACAGGCGCUCACCAAUGUUGGGAUUACCCGACUUCGGUUGGGACACUUCGACGAAGCCUUGGCGACAUUCCAACGGCAAGCUGCUCUACUCGACUCGAUGGAAGGUCCGAACAUGAGCUUGGAGCAAGCUCGUAUCUCCGGCUAUCUCGGCGAAUGCUAUCUAGGCCUCGGGGACUUCAAGGAGGCCAUCACACGUUUCCAACAAUAUCUCCGAUCGUCGAUACGCCUCAGUUCCCCAAAGGAUCAGGAGCAGGCCUACCGAGGGGUCGGAAACGCGUACAAGAGCCUCGGUGACCUAUCUCAAGCUGUGAUGUAUUUCGAGAAACGAUUGGUGGUGUCUCACGAAAUUGGCGACCCAGAGGUCAAAUGCGGAGCCUACGGUGAUCUCGGUGCCCUUCACGGGGAAAUGGCGAACUACAGCCAAGCCAUCUCCUGCCUGGAGCACAAAAUGAGGCUGGCUGAGGACAGUGGAGACUUGAUCUCCAGGGCUCAGGCAGCUGCUUCCCUUGGGAAAGUUUAUGCCAAAAUGCAAGAAUUCGAUAAAGCGGUCGAAUGUCAUCGGAUGGAUCUCCUCAUAUCCGAGGACAACACGCAGGACUUGCAGGGUCAAGCUCGAGCUCAUUGCAACCUCGGGAAUACUUUCGAGUUGAUGAGGCGCUUCGAUGACGCUAUCCGCCAUCAGGAGGUGCAUUUGCGUCUGGCUUCCCAGCUCGAGGACAAGGCUGCCAAAGCUUUGGCCUUCAGUAGUCUAGGACGGAUCUACCACGCCAGGGGCGACCUGGCGAAGGCAACCGAAUACCUCCAACAGGGUCUUUCGAUGGCCGAAUUGCUAGGCAAGCAGGACGAAGAGGCUCAAAUCCGGAGACGUCUGGCAUUCGCGCUCUGGGCCCAAGGGGAUCUGGAUGGAGCUUGCGUGGAGCUCGGGAAAACCGCCGAUCUACUUGAAGCGAGUCGAUAUCUGCCUCACAGCGAAGCGGACCAAAGGGCGACGUACGCUGCUCUUCAGCGAGCUCAAGUUCUGAUGAACCGCCACGAGGACGCACUGACCACGGCUGAACGCUUGCGGGUCCGUUUCGACAGACAUUCUCUCCGACACUCCAACACUCACGCGUUUCCCUGUUCCCAAGUGACCACCGAGGCGAUCGUGGACACGGUCGACCGUCAAAAAGCUGCGGUUAUCUACUUCAGUGUCGUGAUGGGUUCGUUGUACUCGUGGCUCAUCGUCCCGCAGAAAGGCGUCGUGAAGUUCGCCGAGACGACCAUUUCCGAAGCGAGUCACCUUCAAUCUGGAAUCGACAUUCCCGAUAUCGAGGGCCGCACGAACUUUGCCAAGAGGGACGAUUUGAUUCUGAAGCAUUUGAACAGCGUCAAGGAAGCCCUGGGCGUCGGCUCCGAUGGAAACAGUGGGCGCUCGGACGAAGAUGGAACUGAAUCCGAUUCCGAAGGUUUCGGACGCUUACGACGGAAUCAUCUAUUGAACAGCUCGAGCUACAGCCUGAGUAGUGUUUUCUCGGUGGGGAGUGUGAGCGUCGCGUCGGCGAAUAUCAACCGGAACGACACGAUCAACCGAAAUCGUUCUCCCCGCCCGCAAUGGACCGGACCCCCAGCCCUACAUGCGCUCUACGACAUUCUGAUCGCACCGUUCGAAGAGGAACUUUCGUGCGUGCACGAGAUCGCGGUCGUUCCAGAUGGCACCUUAUAUCUGGUUCCGUUCGCGAUGCUCCGCGGUGAGAACAUUUCCUAUUUGGGAGAAAGGUUCUCGAUAAGUAUGGUUCCCUCAAUAACGGCACUGAAAAGCGGCCAACGCGCGAAAGUCAUCCGCCACGGAAACAACAACACGGCUAAUAACCUGAACGGGGGGACCUGUGGGCCGGAAUCAAACACCGCUCUCGUUAUUGGGAAUCCCCGUCUCACGCCCGGAAUGCAAAAGAUGUUGGAUCUGGGCGAUAUCCCGCGAGCCCACGAAGAAGCCGAACUCGUCGGUGAGCUGCUCAUGACCGAGCCCCUCUUGGGACUCGAGGCAACGAAAGAGAACGUCAUGUGUCGCCUGGAAAAAGCAACUAUCAUCCACAUCGCCGCUCACAUCUCGUGGAAGCUGCCCGGAAUCGUCCUCUCGCUCGGCAGUAACGUACUCGAAGGAGAACACCCCUAUAUCGCAGCGGAAAACGCCGAGGACGACGACGAGGAGGAGAUUCCCGUUUCGUCCGAGUUCCUGCUCAGUCCUCAGGAUCUGAAGAGCCUCCAGCUCCGGGCCAAGCUCGUGGUUCUCAGUUCUUGCCACACUCGAUCGGAGCACGGUGAGAUCAGAGAAGAGGGCCUCACCCAGAUUUCGAAGGCUUUCCUCGCGGCCGGUGCGCAAUGCGUGAUUCUCUCCUUGUGGCCCGUGACCGAUACCGCGGUGAAAAUUCUCUACAGAACCUUCUAUUCGUCGCUCCUGCAGGGCUCGAAGGUGGCCGCGGCCCUUGCUGAGGCCAUGAGAACGAUCCAGACCACGAAGCAGUUCGCUCAUCCGGCGAACUGGUCGAGUUUCAUUCUAAUCGGCACAGAUGUACGAGUGGCUUAUCAGGCCGCUGCGAUGGGUCAAGCUUUGGUGGAAAUGCUCAGAGAACCGGAGAAGAGCCGAGAUGCCCUCCGGGUCUGUCUGCACCUCGUCGAGAAAUCUCUCCAACGAAUCCACCGCGGACAGCGGAACGCUAUGUACACAACACAGAAGUCCAUAGAGAACAAGAUCGGCUGCUCGGUAUCAGGCUGGAAGGAAUUGCUCAUUUCCGUGGGAUUCCGAUUCGAACCCGCGGCAAAUAAUCUCCCGGCAGCCGUGUUCUUUCCUCAAGCCGAUCCCGGGGACAGGCUCAAUCGAUGCAGUUCGAACCUCCAGGCGCUCCUGGGACUCUCGGCGCAAACCCAAGGCGCCAUUGCCAAGGUCAUGUCGAACGGAGAGCUCAUAGAUGACAUCGUUCAUUUGAUGAGACGUGUUGUCAGCCAAUUAGGGGAGGCACGCGUCGAACAGAGCGUCGAGUGUCCGGUCAGCGUGAAGCUGUGGAGUGUUCCGGGCUGUCACGAGCUGCUGGCGUCCCUCGGAUUCGACCUCAUGGAAGUGGGACGAGACGAAGUGACGCUCCGGUUGGAUCGAGCCGCGAACCCGAGGACGAUAGAGUUCGCUUUACAGGCUCUCCAAGCGCUUCUCGAUCCUCUCGAUCCUCAGGAUGAGAUCCACAGUGUCCAGGACGAUCCCGAGAACAGUGUGAACACCGAUGAAGACGACGGAUCGCUUGGGAGCCAUGCAUCGCUGCGCGCGGAGCCUUCGGCGGACUUCCAGCCCGCCCCGAGCUCGAUGAGUCGGCGGAGCCGGAUAAUCAGCGUCGGUGACGGUGCUUUCUCCCAUUUUGUGAAAACUCGAGGGGAACCCGACGGUUUGAGCGCGACUGCCGGCUGCAUCGAGGUCGAUGGCUCCGCUGAGCAUCCCCGUCGUCCGAAGAGCAGCAAGUCGAACUGGAGUCUCAAAGAAGAACACAUCUACGCCUCCGCUAGCUCUCACGGAUCGCUCCAGGACGAAACUCUUCGGUCACGGAUCGACGCUUUAUCUCUGCGUGACAACUUGGGAGAACAGCGCAGAGGCAGGAAUAUGAACGAGCGAGUCCUCCCACACCACGAUAACAGAGCAGACGCUGGCAUCGGUUUGGCUCCCUCAUUUCUGAACAUAUUGAGAAGUGAUCUGAGACACGUUCACGCACCCGUGGCUCCGAGUCUGCUGACAGGUCCGCCUGGACCAGAGCCUCCUCGGGCAUCGCGACCUCCCCCGCCACCCCCACCGACAGAAAGACUCCGGGGCAGGGCUCCUCUGAGAAGCAUAAAAAGGAGCACUGUUGAGAAGGGUUCAUUGAAAGAAUUGAACCGCAGUCCAGAUUCGGAAGAAGACAAGACCAUAAGUUGCUUCACGAGAUCGGCCAGUGAGGUUCGUCGACGAUCGGGGAUUUUCUCGGCGUCUGUUUUUGGCAGGAGCAAAGAUAGUCUCGUGUGA